AUGUCGCCUCCCAUUCCUUUGAUUAUUGAUACCGAUCCCGGUGUCGACGAUUUGCUCGCCAUUCUUCUUGCCUUGGGCUCGCCGGAAGUAUCGAUUGAAGCCGUCACCCUCAAUUUUGGUAACACCACGUUGGAUUAUGCCCACAGCAACGUCCUUCGUCUGGCGCAUGCACUUGAUGUAGCAUGCUAUGAUAAUGCGAUUGAGAACCCCGUACUGGUGGAUCGAAUCAAGAACGGCAUGAAUGGGCGACCGAUUCCUGUGGGUCUCGGUGCAUCCAAGCCACUAGGCGGCCGCUUGUUCACCGCGAGCUAUUUCCAUGGCCGCGAUGGCAUGUCAGGUGUUUCUUUCAUGGAAGGCGAUCCGUAUCCAGAGUCAAAGACAUCGAAACUGUUCCAUACUAGUCCUAGCCCGCUUUCUGCGGCUGACUUGAUCUUGGACAUUCUUCGGAAGCACGAGCCUCACACGGUCCGCAUUGCCGCUGUGGCCCCACUGACCAACCUUGCGCUGGCCUACCAAAAAGACCCAGUCACGUUCCGCCGCGUUGGAAUGAUUAGCAUCAUGGGCGGUGCCAUUGAUGUGCCUGGCAACACGUCGCCCACAGCCGAGUUUAACUUCUUCGCCGAUCCAUGGGCUGCGAAAGUAUUGUUGGUCGACUCGUACUACCAAGGUACCCCUCUUCCCAUUCAUCUCUUCCCUCUUGAUACUACCACUGUGCACACUGUGCCAUACUCCAAGCUGGUCCUUGAUGAAACACAUUCCUUGUAUCAAAAGAGCUACCUCGUUCGUCUCAUCUCUCUUUUCCUGCGCAAGCCCCGCGCCGUGACCAAUUCGCACGCACCUCAUGACAAACCAUUUGACCCAUCCAAGUACGACUUGUUCGAAGCCCAUGAUCCCUUGGCUGUCGCUCAUGCGAUCUUUGGAAGCGAUACCGAAAGGUGGGGCGCUAAUCCGCGUCAGUUUCUCAUCGAGACGGAAGGGCAACUUACGCGUGGAUUUUGUGUUGUUGACCGCCGCGAUCUGGGCAAAGAUUACACUGGCCGCUUCAAAACGGAUGUGGCAUCGGUACAGGGCUCUGCCAAUGAAGUUGGCUCAUCCCAGGGCACCAGCUCCCAAGAAACGCUGGACGAUGAGUCACACCUCUCAGAACCUGUGCCUACCAUUUCUGUUAUCCACAAGACACCUGGCUCGCUGUGGUUCGCUAAUAUGAUGCUGGGCCGCAUUGGUAUGGGCCCCGUACUCGAGUAA